AUGGAAGGAGACUCUGAGUUUGAAUUUGAGAGCUUCUUCCAAAGCAGCAGUGAUAGCAAGGAUGCCGAGGACUGCUCGAGCGGGUUUGACUCAAUUCUGAUGAGCUGCGACGAGGCUGCGUUUUUUAGCUCUGACAAUGCUUGCCAUAAGGAUAAUGGAAUGGGAGAGGAGGACUCGUGUGGCUCCCUAGAGCAAGGAGAUCAGAUGUUCUAUGACUUCAACUCUGACUCGUCGAGGAUUAGAGAGAAUCCCGAGGAGGAAGGAUGUGAGGACGUGGGUAUAGUCCAGGGAUAUGGCAGAUUGAAUGCCGACCAAAAUCGACCGGAAAGCUCUCCUCGAAGAUGCUUGCCUCUUGAUUCGGACAAACUGCAUGUAAGACAUACAGACUUGGGAGAUGAAGAUCCGGACACAGUGUUUUCUGGGUUUACCACAGGAUCUAGAAAGAAGAUCCAGGUUAGAAAAGAAAGCAUAGACACAGCAUAUAAGAUGUUUGAUGGUACGAUGGAAAAAGUAGAUGCCGAUACACAAGAGACGCCAAGAUCUUAUAGUACUCCGGAAGAAAAAGAGUGCAUAAGUCCUGAGAGUGUCUACAGAGAGAUAGAAAGAAGGUUUACGAAAGAAGAUUCAAACAGGGUCUUUGCCCAGUUCACAUGGUCUUGGAUUUACCUCCGCUUUGGAGGCAGACAAUUAGAAUUCAAUGAUUUUGUAGAUAAAAUAGAAGAGCAGGUCAAAAUGAGGUUAGAGAACGAGUAUUCCAUACUCCGUAGGAUUGUUGAGGGGGACGAGGUGUCGUGGAGAUAUAUGAUUCUUUUGGUGGUUGGCGUGGACAAGGAGAAGAUUGAGGUAUUUGAUGGAUAUUAUAGCCUUUAUGCGUUAUAUGAUGAGGUUCUCAGAAGAAAGAUAGAAAAAAACGAAAUACGUGUUGGUGCCAAGCUCAAGAUCUUUGGUGCGGAGCUUGAAGGAAAUGGUGCUGUUUCCAUCUUUGACCUUGGAAGUGCCUUCUUGAGGCUUCACGGCAAUGGGACCCAGGUUAUCCAUUGCAGACGGAGGCUUGGAUACAGAAAGAGGGUGGGCUUUAGAAUGAAGAUAUCUGAUAUUCACAGCAAUGGGGGGCCGGUGAGCUGCAUCGAAGGGAUGAUUUCCAAGAUAAUUGAGACAAAAUAUCUAGUAAAGGUAGAAAAUUACAGUAGUACGACUGAGAAUCUUGAGCCCGAGCUUGAUAAGAUAGAGGAUCUUGCAAGAAAGGCCCAGAGGGUAUUUUCGUCCCAUGACAUAAGAAUUAGUAUGUACACCAAGCUCCUUAUCAAAGACAGCAGUGGAGAAUGCACGGUGACAUGGUGGAAUCCCUCAUCAGAUGCCAAAGCAGGACAGGUGAUAAGAAUGGUUUAUUUGAAUCCAGCAAAGACCAAAGAGCUCCACCUCAACACCAGCAGAAGAGGAUAUGUUAAGCUUCUUGUAUAA